AUGGGUUCCGCCAUGUCAUCGUCGUCGCUGAAUGAGCUGUGCCACGUCCUGCGUCGAAAAGAUCCACCGCCCACGUUGGAGGAAGUCCGUUACCAUCAUCUUUUCAAGGGAGCCUCCUCGCGUCUCGUCGGUCGCACUAUCCAGCAGAAGAAUCAACUGCUUCCACUCCACCAGGCUUUGUGCAACCGCGCCCUCAUGGAAACAGACGACGAGUCCAGUGAUAUUGUGGAAUUUCUGAUCAUUUGCCAACUGGGACCGUCUCAAAUCCAGUGUUCGAAAGGAACGCUGGGAUGGAAGCUUACCCAUUCAUAUCGUGUGCCAACAAGGCGCUCCCUUGGCAGUGUUCCAGCAAUUGGUCCAUCACUUUCCAGCAGGUUUGCGUUACCACUCAGGCUUUCAUCAUUGUGGAUAUCUACCCCUCCACUUGGCAUUAAUGAGCAGUCGGUUUUGGAACGUCCCAAUGGAAACAAUCCAAUUCCUCCAUGA